AUGGCAUACUUGUCAAAUAACCCCUUCGUUGACGAGUCAUCGUCCGCUGCCGCUCGAUUUCCAUCUAUAAACGGCUAUGGCAGCCCAUCACCACCACAGGCUGCAGGAUCGCAGUACACGGGUUGGGCACAACCGGGAUACUCGGCGCAGUCUCCGCCGCCUCAGCAGCAGUUUGGUACACAGCCUACGGGGUAUCAACAGCAGUAUCAGGCACAGCAGCAGUUUGGACAGCCUACUGGAUACGGUUUAACAAGCCCGGUCGGCGCGUCUCAGGGUCAGCAGUCUGGAUUCUUCCCUCAGCAGCAGCAGCAACCACAGCAGCAAUUCGCGCCACAGCCGACGGGAUAUGGCGGAUCUGGAUUUGGACAGCCGCAGAUUCAGUCACAGCCUUCGUAUUCUGGAUAUGGUCAGCAACAGCAGGGGUACGGGUUUCAGCAGCAGCCGACGGGGUACGGAGGCGGGUACCAGCAGCAACAGCCGCAACCGUACGGCGGGAACGGCAAUCUCGCCGCAUUCGAUCCCUACGCCAACUCUUCCCAAUUCCAACAGCAACAACCUCAACAACAAUCCGGCCAGUUCCCAUCCGCAUCUACGCCAGCCGGCGGCGCCGCGCCACCCGGACAGGAACAUCCGCGGCAAUACGUCCAGGCGCAUAAAGCCGAGCUGGAGCAGUGGGACCAGAUUGCGUGGAAGCAGGCUACGAACGCGUUCGAUGCGCUUGCGGCGGCUUGGGAGGCGAGGAAGAGGUUGGUGGAUAUGAGGAUUCAGCAGUUGGGGAGUACGCCGGGUGCGGCGGGCGGGUUCUUUGGUGGGCAGCAGCAGGGGUAUGGAGGGUAUGGAGGGUAUAAUCCGCAGGCGCAGGAGGUUGAACGGUUGAAUGGGUUGGCGAAGGAGGCGGAGAAUAAUGUGGGCACUGUAUAUGCGGCCAAGUUCCAGAUGACGGAGGUGCAGGGGUCGUAUCGCCAUUCGACGGAUGCUGCGAGUAAGCGCCGUGUACGCGAGGCUACGAACGCGGCGCUUACGAACUUGCCGGAUUGGCCGCCUGCCAACUUCUGA